GAUUCUUUUCAAGUUUGCUACCUUGAACUUGAAUUAUCGGACGAUUUGCAAGAGUCAUCUUUCUUUCAAGAAGUUUACUUAAGUGAUUAGUAAUCAAGAAUUUUACGUCACGAAGUACUUACAAGAAUACCUCUCUUUGCACCGUUUGUUUUGUUUUGUUUGGAUAAUUAGCAUUCUCUUCUGCAACGAUAGCUGAGAUUCUCUUCACAGGGUCGUUAACAACCCGUUAAAAUGAUCUGAAAUCUUGCUAAGUAUUUCAAACGGAAAUCUCCGUACUUAACCGUACUGCCAAAAGUGGAAUUUUAGACAGUUCGGCCAUGUUGCAACGGGCUUAAUAUGAGGCGAUGGGGUGGCCUGAAGAGUUGUUUCUCUGUGGAGUGCGAAGGAAAUGGUGAAAUGGCUGUUUUCGACUUGCGGCACUGCAAUCUGACUUCAGUGCCAACAGACAUUUUUAAGGCCGAGCCAAACCUGGAAGAACUUUACCUGGAUGCCAAUCAGAUACGAGAAUUACCGAGGGUAUUUGAGAAGUUUAUUUAUUCUUCGAAUACUUUUUGCUGGGUCGCUUUGGUAAUUGUCAUUUUCGGUGGUGUUGUUAUAAAAACAUACUGAAUUUUGUCUUUGUUCGCUGUUUGCCACAGGCUUUGUUUGGGCUGCAGAGUUUGCUAAUUCUUGGUUUAAGUGACAAUGAGUUGACCGUGUUACCAUCAGCUGUUUCUAACUUAGCGAACCUUAGAGAAGUUGACAUAAGCAAGAACGGUGAGUGCAGGAAAACUACGUUUCUGAAAUUUAAGAUGUGUUCGAUCGCCAACUUAAAAGAGACCGAUUUUUAUGGUUUAUCACUUACACGAGAUCUCGACAUCAAUUUUUUUCUUCAAGGUAUCAUUGAUUUACCAGAGAGUCUUAAAAACUGCAAAUGUUUAGAGCAAUUUGACGCAAGCGUAAAUCCGAUUGGAAAGUGAGUAAAUUUGUACAUAAAUUCUCUGUAAUGUCUAUUCCUUUAUCUGUUCAUCUAUUUGCAUGAGGAAUUUAAAAACAUCUCUUCUAAAUGUUAUAGAGAGCCGUUCUUUGUUUAUUGUAGUAUAUUAGAUGUGUUAGAUUAUGUUUUAGAGGUGUUAAUAGCAGUUGAUAUUCAACAGAAGUAUUUAGUGCCCAAAAAAAUACAUUUUGGAAAUGAUCCAAUUAAGUUAAUACUUAAUACUUAUAUUUAGCCUUGAUAUUAAAUUACUGUUAUAAAAUGUUUCAAUUUGUUGUGUUUGAUUUUAAAAUAGCUUAAUGAAGGUCUUUGAAACUUGAAUUUUUUUAAAAUGAAAACAAAUGUGCCCAUUUAUUGGUUUAAGAGAAUGAAAAUAUCAGCAGGAAACAAUUACAUUACUCCAGUAUGUUUUAACAUUGCAUUUAAUUUAGUAAGAUGCAAAGCGAAUGACCCCUUGGACGGCACUUGUUAUGAAAAAUUUUAUUCAAAUUUCAGCAGAUCUCAAAGGAUUGAUUAGCAAUCUGCUUGAAUUUUCAACAUUUUUUUUUUUCAAAAAAUAUCAGUGAAAUAUAAGUCACGUAGCCUUAAAUGAUUCCUUUUUCCUGAUAUAUUCUCCGCUACAGGUGGCAGCCAAUUUUUUAUUUUUUAUAGGGGUUUCUAUUACUCAUCCAGUAUUCAAACACUUCUACCUCUGGCUUUGAAAUCUGUUACUUGCAUGUUUAAAUCCUUGAAAACAGCAUUUGUCAAGUUUUAAAUUGAUAAUUGCAAGUUUUCUUUUGUUGUGGCUGAGUAAUCAAGCUACCCCACUUUAAAGUUGUUGUUUUAUCAUGGACAAUUAGUGAGCUAAAAUUUUGACUAGCUGCCAGUGUUUUUCUGCCAGGUACUGGUAGUUCCCAGCAGAUCUUAAAAUGUGACAAUGAAAUUUAUUUCUCCCAUCUUAACGUUUUCUUCUCUUUUGGAUAUGAUACAUGCUGUGAUAGGUCAGCUUUGUGCCACCUUUCCACUGCCGUGGGUCUUUUUGGCUCUUUACAUUUUUGCCGUGUUGCUGUGGGAAUUUUAUUUGAUAAAUAUUUGAUAAAUUUAUCUCACUUUCUCAGUCUGUUCCUUGAGAGAAACUUGUUGAUUUAAAUUCUGUUCACUUCUUAGCUUAGGGAAACUACAUUGAUUUGUUGUUAUAUUUUAAGUUUCUCUUCAUUUUGGUUUUUUCCUUGCAGAAUUCCUGAUGGAUUUACUCAGUUGUUAAAUUUGACACAUGUGUAUUUGAAUGAUGCUUUCUUGGAUCGUUUACCAUCAAAUUUUGGAAGGUAAAAUGGUAAUUUGUUAUUUAAUACACAGUCAGUUAUAUUAUCAAAAAAAUCAGCAUUGCUGUGAAGUUUCGAGUGUGACUGGAAACUUUACUAAAGGAGAGGGGGACUCUGUUGUUAAGUCAAUGUAUGGGCUUGUGUGGUGUCAAAGUUAUGGUUUUUCAUCUCUUUGGAUGUGAGGAUCCAUAAAUAUUUUAACAAUUUGUGUUUGAAGCUUGGUAAAAUAUGGAAUCAUCUCACCAAUUGCGAAUAAAUUUUUAUAAAGUUCAAGGUCAUUAAUUAUUCUGGUCUCAACAGUUCAACCCUUUAACUCUCAGAUCAAAUUUUUAAUUCUCCUUACUGUCAACCAUACAAUUUUUAUAAUGUUAGUUCAGAGAAUUUAGUAUUGGAUCAACUAAUUCAGUAGCCCCAAAUUGAUAUUGUUCUUUAUUCUCAUCACUUAUCUGGUUGAUACUGUAUUGAUAUUGUAAGGAGAAAUUCUUUCUUGGUCACUUAUGGGAGUUAAAGGGUUGACUCCCCCUAGUGGCAUCAAGGCAUAAUGUCCUCUUACAAUAUCAAUAAAUAAAGAGAAAACAAGUUUUGAGAAUUAAUAUAAAUAUAAAUUGGAGGAUAAUAUAUUAUUGAUUUAAUAUCAAAUUAUCCAAACUAACAUCAUGAGAAUUAUAUGACAGACGAUAAGUAGAAUUAAAAAAUGAAAUAUUGGUGCUGAAAGGAUUAAAGGAUGCCAAAAAUCUCUUAAUAUUUCAAGGGUUUUUAAAAACAUACUCUGUUAUCUAAUAUCAGAAUUUUGAAAAUAUUGCAAUUUUCUCUAGUCUUGAUUUUGUAUCCCUUCCAGGCAAGUUGUUUAUUAAUUUUUUUUCACUUACUUAUUUUUAUCUGUAGAUUAUCAAAGCUGAAGAUUCUAGAACUGAGAGAAAACCACUUGCGAUCAUUACCCGAGUAAGUGCUGUUGAGUCCUCCUCUUCCCGGAGUGUCCAAGAUGUAAUUUCUCUUUACAAUGCAAAUCAAACAAGUUAAAUUUCUUUUUCCUCAUUUUAGGUCAAUGUCAUAUUUUACACAACUAGAAAGACUUGAUAUUGGAAGCAAUGAAUUUAUUGAAUUGGUAUGUGAAAUAAUUUUGAAAGUUAUUGACUUGAAGAUUCUUGAAGAGUGUUUAUUUUAGUUUUUUCUGUUUUAGCUUUGGACUGAUUCACGAUGAAUUUUUUUUUUAACAGCCAGCUGUUGUUGGUUGUUUGGUAAACCUGAAAGAACUUUGGAUGGACAAUAAUGGAGUCAGAGAACUUCCACCAGUAAGUAGUGAACCUUAGAAAUAGGGCUGGUCAUGGGGUAAAAUGCUCUCUUAUUGAGCAAGGUUGGUAGGAACAGGAUAAUAUUUGGUUUUUCAUUGUGAUCUAUAGAGCUCCCUCUGCUCAAUCUAUGUGCCAUGGCCAACACAAUGCUUUUCCGGCAAAGCCUGCCCUCUUGGUCGACAAACACACAAGGCUAAGUACUUGAGACCCAAGUAAAGCAAGGAAAAUUAUAAUAGAAAAUUUAAUCCCCAAAAUUCUCAUUGCCUGUACUUAAAAAUAUUAUUUGCUUUUCACAAGUCUUUGUGGAAAUUAUUACAUUUACUAUUUUAUUCACUUUUUUUCAGGAAAUAGGAUUGCUUCGUCAACUUUUGUUUCUUGAUGUUUCCAAAAAUAGACUGGAGCGUCUUCCACCAGAAAUAGAAUGUUUACAGUCACUGACUGAUCUUUACUUAUCCAACAAUGUGUUGCUUGAAUUGCUUGAUAAUAUUGGUAGGUUUCCCUAAAACUUCUGAACUCUUGAUAUACUUAUUACAAUUUUGCUUUCAUCUUUUCUCUGUUGCAGUCAGUAAUACUAAAUCAUACAAACAUGCAAACAAAAAAAUAUUCAAAAGAAACAAACAGUACGCAUAUAAAUCAAAACGAUGGAAUUUUAGUUUUGUAGCAUAUCACUAACCUUGUGCUGCUUACAAGGUAGCAGGUUCUUUAAAAGAAAAUGGAACAAAUAUGAUCAAAUUUUAAUGUAUUUUUAUUCUAAAUAUUGCUCUCUUGAUUUAUUAUUGAGGAAGUCUUGCAUCCUUAAAUGUGUUUGUUUGUUUUAUUUUUUUACAUUAGUAGCCAUUUAGCUUCACCAGAAAAAAAAUUGUCAACAAAAAUUUGUUGCCCACUGCAUGCUGCCAACAAACAUAAGAGACAAAAUAAUGACAGAAGUUCUCAAUGUUUGUCAUGGUAAAUUAGCACUAACUAAGGGUAGCCAAUGGUUUCUUUAGCACCCAGUUGUUUAAGGCUGAUUGUUAUAAAAUAAUUAUUUCCAUCACUCUUUUGUAUCAUGUAGGUUCCCUUGGGAAUCUACAGACACUUAAAGUUGACGAGAAUCACCUUGCUGAACUUCCAGCAAGUAUUGGAAGGUAAUGAAACUCACUUUAUUAUCUUGAUACUAGUUGUUCAAAAUUUCAAAUUUUUGUUCAGCCAGCUAUGGGUUUCUUUAUCAGGGUUUUAUAAUUACUGUUCAGAAUUGUAAAUAAAAUUGAAUUGAAUUGAAUUUGUUCAUUUGUAGACUCUCUUAUCUGGAAGAGCUAGUCAUAAAUCAUAACGAGUUAGAGGUGAGGCUAGCAGUUCUUUGGGGAUUGUUGUAACUCUAGACAUUUUAUUUUUUUAUGUUAGUUCCAAGAAAUGUUAAGUCGUAGGAUUUGAAAAUAAUUUGUUGCAGAGUUUGCCAGCUUCCAUUGGACUCUUGAGAAAACUACGCAUCUUGUAUGCCGAUGAAAACUUCCUAGAGGCAAUUCCUUUAGAGGUAUUUAUCUCAAAUUUUGUACUUACCUUGCAAUACAUCAUUUCUAAUUGCCAACUAGUUUCUAAAGUUUGAAGCCUUGGAAAAAUUUUUCAUUUAGUACAGCAAUGAUAAAUUCUUUCUCAUACUCGAGAUCUCAGAGCUCAUUUCCUUAAACAUUUCUCUCGCUCGAGAAAGGGCUAAACUGAUGAAUGUCAGUAACUACAUAAUUGUUUUAUUUUGUGUAUUAGUUAGGUAGCUGCAUAUCAAUGACGAUAUUAUCACUACGUGACAACAGGCUUGUGCGGAUCCCAGAUGACAUUGGUCGCAUGCCAAACCUACAAGUUAUAAACCUUGCCUGCAACAGGUGAAGAACAUUGUUUUAGCACUUGGUAUUCAUGUCCUGAGCCCAGUUAUUCAAAUGGCAGAUAAUACUAUCCAGCAGAUAAAUAUUAAAAAAAUAUUAUGCGCUAUCCACUGGAUAAAGAUUUAUCCAGUGGAUAGCAUUAUUAACCCUUCAAAUAACCAGGGCCUGUUCUUUAAUGUAAUGUCACUACUGAGAAAAUCACUUUUCUUGUAAUCAACAGAUUAGAGUGUUUGCCUUAUACAUUCAGGAAGCUGACUACUUUAAAAGCUCUGUGGCUCUCAGAAAAUCAAGUAAGCCCAAGUUUUUACACCUGUAUGUAUCUAGAGAGAUAGCUGUAGGCACUUAGGCACUCAAACUGUCAAAAUCUAGGCACAUACUCCAAACAAUUUUCAAUUAUUUCACUUGCUUUUCAAUUAAACUUACCUGAGAAAAACUUGUACUUUUGCAUGUUCUGAAGAGCUUUGUUGGCAAUUAGGUACUGAACCAACCUGAAAUUUUGACUGCAGCCUCUUACAGGACACUGCUGUAAUAAUGCAGAGUUAAAGAAGUCUCAGUUUCUUAAGUGUCAUGACUCUCAGAAAAUCAGGUGGCACUGUGCAAAGAUUUUAAAGGUUAUUAUUAUUGUUAUUAAUGAUAAAAAAAACACACCUUUCAUUUCAGUCCAAGCCAAUGGUUCCUCUUCAAUCAGAUUUUGAUCAUGGUACUCAGUCACAUAUACUGACUUGUUAUAUGUUUCCACAACAACCUCCAGCUGAUGAAGGUAUAUAUACCAGCUGGUUUACAUCAUACUAAACUUUAUGUUUAUAUCUCCACUGACAUUACUAUUGAUUUACUGCUGACAGUAAUCUACAGUUGUUUAGUAAAAUUAGCCAGCAGUUAGUUACCAUUUAGGGUUUAUAUGGCUUCCCUGGGCAUCAACCCUUUAACUCCUGUGGGUGACCAAGACAGAAUUUCUCCUGACUAUAUCUAUACAAUAUCACACAGACAAGUGAUGAGAAUAGAGAAGAAUAUCAAUUAUGGGAUUACUAAUUGAUUCAAUACCAAAUUCUCCAAACUAGUAUAAUGAGAAUCAUUUGGCAGACAGUAAGGAGAAUUACUAGUGAGAUCUUGGGAGUUAAAGGGUUAACUCAAGAUAUGAACUGUAAAACUUCAUACUCUAUGACUUGUACUUUUCAGUAACAUCUGCUCACUUUAAAAUUUGAAGAAAACUCUAGCUAUCAUCAAAUUGAAAAAACAUACCUGUAUUGUGAAGACACCAGCCUAAGUGUGUCUGUUCUUUUAAUCUUGUCUCCUUUCCUCGCUCAAAGCAUUUUAAAUUUUUAUUUUUUUAUUUUUUUGGGGGGGUCAGUAUCAGAGGAAUACAGUGAAGAUUCAGCAGGAAGUAUUCCAGCUUCUUUGCUAGAAGAACAAAUUAGACAAAGAUCUUCCAUUGUUUUCAACAUUGAUGAAGAUGAUUACCUGGUAAGUAAUUUCUUAUUCCUUUUUAUCCCUUUUACACCUCACAUCAGUAUUCAUUUUCUCAAUACUGCUCCAUACUUUUCUCUGUAUGUUUCCUUUAGUACUGACAAGGAGAACUUGUUUAACAAUCAAAGUUUCAUAGGUUGGCAAUCAUUUCCUUAAUUCUCAUGAUCUUAAUGAAUGGUUCUUAAUGAAUGGUUCAGUAUAAUUAAUUACUGUGAGAAGAAAUUACAUGCAGGUCACUCUUAGGCUUUUACCCUUUACACUCGAACAUCAGUAUGCACAUUCUCUAUACUGUUCCAUGUGCAUUUCCUAAGGCUCUGUCAAGGAGAAUUUGUUUCACAAUCUAGAGCUUCUUUAGUUGCUGAUCAUGUCCUUUAUUCUCAUGACCUUUGUGUGCAAAUUCAGAGGUGCAUGAUAUUGUAAGGAGAAAUUAGAUGCUAGUCACUUUUAAGGGUCAUAGGGUUGAAGUGUUGAGUGCUUGAUACCAUACCACUUAAUUGUAAAAUGAGCAUCUUCUUGGUUUAUUGAUUUAUUUUUCAUUGCAGACAAGAUUAACAAGGUACCAGUCACCAUAUCCCAAGGAUGUGAAAGAUCGUGCCACACAGUACUUAGCGAGCAGACGGCAACAACAACAGGAGAUAGAGGUAACUCAACCUGUGUUCCCCCCUCAGCACCAGUGUCACCAACAGGAACGACACCAGUAUAGGCACCAGUAUCAGCACAGAAUUCAGCACAUGGUGAGCAUUUCACUCACUCAGCACAAGUUGAGAAUGAUAAUUUCCCAUAUUUACUCUUUUACUUCCAAGAUCUACCGUAGUUUCUUGGUUAUAUGGUGCACUCAGUUAUAACACACACCCCAAACUUAGCAACUUAGUCAAGCCAAGUAAUUCCAAUGCACCUGUGGAAAUUUAAUCACUGGGUGAAUACUAAUACACUAAUAUUGCAACAAGUAAUCUGAUUCCACUGGUGUUGAGAUAUUUAAUUUGUCUAAUAAUUGUAUUAACCCUUGAACUCUUAUGAGUGACCAAGACAGAAUUUCUCCUUAUGAUAUCAAUACAAUAACAAGCAAACAAGUGAUGAGAAUAAAGAAAAAUAUCAAUGAGGGCAUGAUUAGUUGAUCCACUACCAAAUUCUCGAAACAAACAUAGUGAGAAUGAUAUGACAGACAGUAAGGAGAAUAAAUAAUGAUAUCUUGAGAGUGAAAGGGUUAAGGAAGUCAUCAUUGUUGUAAAGAGAGGCAUAGAUCAGGGAUGAUGAUGAAUUUUUGUACUCAUUGUUGAAAAUCAUUGAAAGUACCGUUAACUGACUUUAGUCAACUGACUUUAAGGUUUUUGUCUCUUUGCUUAUCUUUUUUUUUUUUUUUUUUAAGAAAAAGCCGAUUGACUAGUUACUAAAGCAACUGUAAAAAUUAAAAUUUUUUCAGCUCUUGAUCAUUUCUUGAAAACGGAUUGUGAAGCACAGGCAAAGGAGUUAUACUCUUUUGCCUGUGAGAAGAGUUUCCCUGUAGGUGCAGAUGCUGAAAAUAAGGCUUGAAAACACUAAAGAUGUUUUUUGAGACGUUUGAAACUAUUUGCGUAUUGUUCCCUCUAGUAAUUUUAAAGAUUAGACACAAAACAGUGAUUUGGCCCUUGGCAGAAUGCAGAAUGUGUGUAGUUUUAAGACAAUUUUACACUAAUGACCUCUGGGACAAAACAUCACGUUUGAAUCACGUCAUAAAACACUGUUUCUUACAAAAAAUAAAUCUGAAACUCCUGUUAGGCAGUUGGGAAAAAAUCUGGAAAUUCGCAGCUUUUGAAAUUUAUGGAUGCAAAGGUUAUUUUAUGGUUUGAGUUUAACUAUUCUCAAGGACGAAAGCUAUUUCUUCAAAAGACGCCAAUGAUAAGUACGACUUUGACAUCGAUAGACAGUUCAUUCUGAUGACGUAUAUCGGCUGUGAUUUGCUGAAUUUCUUGCCUACUGAGGGUAACGUCAUCAAGGGACAGCCUCGUUUCCAGAAUCCUCCAUUGUAAAAAUGUGGAUACAUUCGUCUGUUGUACAUUCUGUUAUAGGCUCCACAGUCAAACAGCACACACGGUCAGCAGCAGCAGCCACCCGUGCCAGUUGUGGUGCAGUCAGUGGACCGCGGUGAGCUACCACAGCUGACAAGACCCCAAGAGGUGCGUACAGUUGAGGUGCCCUGGUACGAGGAUCAGGUUGGUUCCUAUGUGCUCUCUCAGUUAAGGAGAAACAGUGCAUCACCAACAAAAUUGUCCAAAGUCAAAGGGUUAAUCUCAUAUAAUUUUAUCCAUCUCUAUUUAUGUGUAGGCCAGGUUUCUUUCUUUCUUUUUUUUUUUUAUUUUCAAACAAGUUCACCCCCUAAUGAACCAUGCUUAAAAUGUUGCCUUUAGUUCCUCAGAAUAAGCAAUUGUUAGGUUACCCGAAUACAACCUCUUUCAUUCACGUCUUUUUAAUGCCAGGUGGCUUUGGAUCACACCGUUGAUUUUCCUAUUAAAUUACUUUGUAUUGUAGUAGAAUAAUACUCGGAUAGUUUAGUUUACAUUAUUCUAAUGAAAUCAAAGAAUCGUAAGUCUUGCACACCUGGAUUGCCAUCAAUAUGAUUAUCGCUGUCAUUCUUCUCAUCAUUGCCGUGUUAUUUAUUUGUUUUCUAGCCUCCAGUCCCCACUCAAACUUCAGAGCAGAGACAAGGUCAACCAGCCGCGGUUGUCCACCCACUGAGCAGCAGUCAAAGGUUGAUAUCAAAUGGUAUCACUCAGCGGAGUAAUACAGGGAACGGCCAGGGCGACCAAAGCAGGGAACCACAGCUUGUUAAAGUAAAUCAGGCCAUAGUGAGAAGCAUACCUGGAGAACGGCUUAUUGGGGUAACUCAAACUUUCAGUUGGAAUCACUGUUGCCCGUUUCCAGGAGAAACAUGACUUUUCCCAUUUCCCAAACGCGUAUCUUCAUGAAGUAUUAUAUCUUAUUGUUUUUUUUAGGGGCAAUCAUCGGGACAAGAGGUCGCAGCUGCCCGCAUUCCGCCCGUAUAUCAGCCUCCCCCACCCUACACCCCACGAGAAAACAGAACCACUCAUCCGCAUUCUCGGACAGGGGGGUCUGAAGGAUCAGUGGAAUCACAGCACUCAUUCCGUGAAGAAAUGCCCAGUGCGUCAUCUUAUCAGGGACGUCCGGGGGCUCGGCUGUGGAGUACCUCAUCUGGUGGGGGCCGAGAGUCAGGGGGCUCCCAAACAGGUGAAAUGCAUUCUUUCAACGAGGAGGAGCCCAGCUUCGUACAAAGUCCCCUUAGGCCUCCUUCGUAUUACGAGGCUACUAAUCAAACUGAUAGAGCACCUUUUGAAAGUACUGUUCGACACGUGUUAUCUUCAUCGCGGUCUGUGCCUAAUUCGGUUGUAAUAAAUGGUUUAAACGGCAGCAAUAGAUCACCACCUCCUCAGUACACUGUACAACCGGAAGCCUUCGCUCAACUCCCUGUCAGACAUAUUUUACCGGAACCGGCAGUUCCUUUAAAUGCUAGUAGGCAACCAGUCGCUCCCGGCAGACCGGAAGUGAAUGGUUCACACACAUUCAACAUUUCGCAGGAAGACGCAGCGAGAUUCGAGAACAGAGUUCGACAGCUUCAACGUGAAAGAGCCAUGGAGCGUGGCGAAGUAAUGGUCGAUGGAACUCAGACGAAUGUCGCAGACAAUCGGAGGCCUCACAACGACGCGUCUUCAAUACGCGUUCUUAACCGGAGCAACUCAUCAGAGUCUCGUAAUUCCGUCCACUCUGUUUCUUCUGCACAAGAGGAGGAAGAUAGUGAACCUGUGGAUAAUGACCCAACCAUUGAACUGGUGAGAACGAUUUAUAUGUCGCUAUAGUGAGUUGAGUGAAGCACAAGCAAUAACUGAGAGUUGAGGAAUGUUUUUUUUUUCUUGGGGGGGGGGGAACGGGAGGAUCUACUAUGUCCGUUGGUCGGAGGAGAGAUGCAAGCUUAUUAGGAGACAUUUGCUCUACUCCUGGAACUCUCUCUCUCUCUCUGCCCCCUCCCCUCCCCUCUCCCCAUCCCUCUCUGGAGCGCUAGAGACACACAUACGUUUUCCUUGCACAAAAAUCACUCAACCUUGUAAUGACCGAAUAUCCUAGAACUCGGAAUGCUUUUUUGCAUGAAACAAAAAUCUCAAAAAAUGGAAUUGCAAUAAAAUGAGAAAAGUAUUUAUAAUUAACACGUGAAUUUAAAAGAAGCAGUAGUAAUCAUUGUUGGAACCGAGAGGAUGGGGGAAUCAUGAGGCCUUCGAGCAAGCCCCUUUAAAUUAUUACCCUUGUUAUCAAUUUUAUUAUUGUUAAUAUUAUUAUUUGUUACCAUUUAAUUAUUUGUUGAAUGUCAAUUAGACAAUAUAUUCUUAAGAAAUCUUCCCCUUUUGGAACAAGGUAAUAUGUGGGAUGCGGCAGGUUUUCUGUUUAGCGGGUGAGAAAUAUUGUGCGGCACUAGCGUCAAUAUACUACUUUUAGUCCUUUUCAAUUGUAUAAAAAUUAAGCUAUGCUAGUAACCAUAUGCAGUCUUCGACUGUCUAUUUUGUUGUUGUUGUUGUUGAAACUUAACUGGAACUGUUUUUUGGUUACACAGAUUCAGGUGGAAGUUUACAAGAAUCCUAAUCUUGGAUUUAGCAUCGCAGGUGGUGUCGGUACCACUUCAAAUCCCUUUCACCCGAAUGACCACAAGGUUUGUAGAAAUUUGGCUGCCAUCGUUUUGGUCAGCGGAGACAAGCAAAAAAGCGGGCGGGCAAAGGAUAAAGGGAGUGUGCCGCCACGCCUCUUCUUCUGCUGUUUCGCUCGUCUCCACUGACUCAAAAGAGCCUGGAACGUGAACUUGCUUUUAAUGUCGCAGAGAUCAUUUUGGUAGAAUUAAUUAGACAAGAGAGUAUAUGGAAAGAAGGAUAGCGAGGGAGAAGGGUAGAAUAUUUUUCCAUUCAAACAUACGGCUUACACUUUCUAUCUUUUUCGUUAGUUUUGUCUUGUAUUUUUUCCUAGUAACCAACCAUUACCCCACUUUUCGAAUGCAAAAGUAGAUUUCACAUUUGUUCAAGAUUCAGAUCUUACCAUAACUGCCAAGAGAUCCUAUUGAGUUGUGUUGAACUAUUUUUGGAAGAUUUUAUUGUGCAGUACUCUGAAUGAUUCGUGUUUGUAUCAGUUUGAUACUAAAAGACAAUGCAGUCUCGGUUCCUCAAGAUAUAAAUUGGCUAUCCCUACAUUUUAAUAUUGUUAGUGUGCUAGUUCUCCUUUUUAUUCCUCUGCAAACUAAGGUUUUCACUCAUAAGUAUCGGGAAAAAUGGAAACGUUGAGCAGCUGGUUUAGAAUAGAGCGGAGACCUCUGGAGGGCAUUUGUAUGUUAACCUUAAAUUCUUUCACGACACAGAGUAUAUAUGUGACUAAAGUACAGCCAGAUGGGCCGGCAGCAUUUGGACUUGUACCCGGAGACAGAAUUUUAGAGGUGACCAAAGCACUUGUGUUUGAUGCCUUUUUUUUUUCGGUGGAGGUGAAGCGGGACUAGUCACAUUUUGUGUUGCAAAUCCUUUGAUACCUUCUCCACACGUACAUACGUGUUUUACACUUUCUUUCCAUGUCAUAGCAGGACCUUUCAUUAAUUACGCGUAAGCUUUUUCUUUGUCAUCAUUCAACCUUCGAGAAAGGACCGUGGAUGAGGCUGGUCACAUGCUUAUGCAGACCAAAGAACGCUGUAUGGAGGGUGGAUCCUCGACUUAAUUUUGUCAUCGGUCAUCGGUGCAUCUCACUCUAUCCACUUAGUAUGGACAAAAAUUUUACAAAGUUGCCCCUCCCUCAUUUUUUUUCUUGAAAUCUCCCAAACUCUGGGAGACAAGUGACCAAGUGACCAGUAAACUAGGGUUCUUCUCGAAGGAGGAAGAGAGAGAACCCUGGGAACGAGGUUGCGUCAUCAUUAAUCAUGGAGGAUUAUUAAACUAUUUUGGUUUCCUUUCUUGUUUUCAUUUUAUUUUUAUUUUCACUUCAGAUCCUUUUCUAAAGAAUCUUUUACCAUAGUUGUUCAUUUUUCAGGUGAAUGGAAUCAACCUAAGACGUGUGACUCACGAGAAAGCUGUGAUGUUCCUGAAACACAACCAAUGUGUGAAUCUACUUAUCGCGCGCAAAAAGGACCAAUCUCGAGCUCCUUGAGAGCAGAUAAGCAAAAAAUAGUCGAACUCAGCGACAUGGAACCGGCAGGAUUGUGACGUCUUACAAACGAGUCGGAGAACAAGAACACAAUGGCAAAUACCACAGCACAGUGCUAUCGUGACCUUGACGAGAUAGCAAGAAAUUGAUGGUCACGCUAAGAGAGCUCAGUCACGCGACACAUCAAAGCCAUACAAGAAACUUACUAACCAUGAGAUUUCGAAUAGGAACAAUUUGUUGCUGAUAAUUUCUUCGAGUUACGUACAUUUUGAACUGC